AUGACCAUCAAGCUCUAUGGAUAUGAUCCUUCCACUUGCACACGUCGGGUAAUGACUGUGCUCGAGGAGAAGGGUCUUGACUACGAAUUCGUCCCUGUGGACGUCUUUGCAGGCGCCCAUAAGACGGAAGAAUACACCAACAACUUCCACCCUUUCAAUAAAAUUCCCGUUUUAGUUGAUGAGGACGCGGGUGUUAAGAUCUAUGAAAGUCGAGCCAUUGCACAUUAUCUCGCGACCAAGUAUCGGGAUCAGGGCAUUGACUUGUCUCCUUUGGAGGAUGACUUCAAAGCAUAUGCAGCCUUCCAGCAGGCGCUUUCUCUGGAACUUUCUUACUUUGACCCGAAUGUCCACGGAAUCGCUUGGGAAGAAGUUUUCAAGCCUCGCAGAGGCCUUGGUCCCGCUAACCCGGACAUCGUCAAGACCAAACUCGGGGACCUCGACGCGUCGUUGAAGGGGUAUGAGCGAAUUCUUUCGAAGCAGAAAUAUCUUGCUGGCGACAGCAUCACCCUUGCCGAUUUAUUCCAUCUUUCAUAUGGACAGAUGACAGAGCCACUUGGUUUCGGUGAUCUUCUUGUCAAGUACCCUGCUGUUGCCAAGUGGUGGGGUGGUCUGAAGGAGAGAGACAGUUGGAAGAAGGUCAAUGAGGGUCCGGAAAUGCCUAGCAAAUAA